AUGCCUCCGCGACAGGGCCCUCCUUCGGAAACCCCGACGCGUUAUUCACGUUCAGCGAGGUCUGGCACGUCGUCAAAACCUCGUGCGUAUUCUAAUGCAUCUCUAACGAGCAAUGUAAGCGGUGUCACCACCGUUGUGCCGGGCAAGAGGAAUAGUAUUGGCCUGUCACGAUCGCCAAACGCGACGCCGAUGCCAACGUUGGCAAACAUGGAGAAGAUUAAGAGUCCGCCUGUAAUCCCCAACAACGUGCCAGCCAGCCGUCGCAUCUCUGCACCUGCACCUCCGCCGUCCGCGUUUGUAGAGCCGACUCUGUCUACGCCAAGCCUUACCUCGUCUCUUCGCAAGUCCCGCAACGCACCUCCAGCGAGACAGGCCAGCGUACCAGCGCCCGGUGCGCCCUCGGUGGCCGCUUCUAGGAGGAUGGUGCGUUCCACCUCAAUUUCGCUGUUCACUGCCGACUCGGAGACGGCGGCGGGGAAGACAACGUCUGUGCCCCCGCGCAUGCGCGUGAUGUCCACGCCCCGCAUGGCCUCCUCGCAGAGCAAGCUGUCGAACACCACCACGUCGCCCUCGAUCACGCUUACAUCUCCCAGCGUACCACGCAAUAAAUCGCGUACGACCACGCCGAAGACUACCCCGUCGAAGCCCCAGCGCUCACCUAAUGUUACGCGAAUCACGCCUGCAAAGGCAGGAUCCCCCCCAGUGCGCACGGCAAACGGUACCCCGAGCGAGACACCCUUGCGUGCGCUGAAGUUGAUCGCAGGAGGCGAGGGAGAGGGAGAGCCGUUCCCCACCUGGGAUGGAGACGACAUGACGUUGGACAUGGUAACAGAUGUGGACGAAGGUGACAUAGAUGAAGAGAUGGAGAGUGCGCUCCAGACGGUGCUCACGUUGCACACGCGGAAGUUACUGCACUACAAGCGUUUGCUCGAACGCGCACAAGCGUCUACUGCUGCCCAAUUGCACGCGUUGCAGGCAGAGGUGCGACUACUCCGUGACCGCGAACGAGAGCGAGAACAGACUGGUGCUAUGUUACUGGAGGAAGAUGACGACAUGUUUUGUGCAUGCGGGGGCAAGAAACGGAAAGAUUACUGGAGUGGGUAUCGAGGCGGCGAGGAUGAUGGAAUGGCCGGAGAGAUUGACCUUGCAACCGCGUUGAGGGGCGACGGCAGUGGGAGUUUCAAUGAGAUGGAGGAUGAGGCUUAUCAGUCUAAUCCUGGACUCAUGUAUGCCUGGGGACAUUCGGCUACAGAUCUUGCUGUUGGAGAAAUCUUCAGGUGGCUGAGCGUAGAGGAGCUGCUCGGCGUAGAAAGUGUAUCUAAAAAGUGGCAAGAAAUGGUGCACUUACCCGCAUUAUGGAAAUAUUAUUGCUUGCGUAUUACAGCAACCGACCCUAUGCCCGUAAGACCGCCUGCAAAACCAGAAGGAUGGGAGCCCCUCUACCGUUCGUUGCAUCAUCGCGAGUCGAACUUCCGACACGCUCUACCUCAAAGUGUCCGGUUCCUGAAUGGACACACGAACUACUGCACAACAUUGCUCUUGCGCGGUAAACGUCUUAUCAGUGGGUCGUAUGAUGAGACAAUUCGAUUCUGGGAUGUGGAGACCGGCGAAAUGAAGAAGUGCUUACAGGUCAAGAAGCCGGUCAGCUGUGUAGAUUUCCUGGCAGACGAAGAGGUGUUCGUCGUCGGUUUUCAUGAUGUUGGACGUGUGCACCUGUUCUCGUCGCUUACAUUUACCCCCUUGCAACAGCUUGCUGGACAUCUAAAUGGAAUUCGCGCGGUGGCCCUUUCAUCGCAGAAUCUCGUUUCUGCUGGUGCAGACAAGGCACUUGUAUGCUGGGACUGGCGCGCAGGCACGAAGAUUGUGCGAUUUGGACAACAGACAACAGUGAACAUCGGUGUGCAGAUUAUUGGAGGAGGUGGACCGCAGGAAGGUGAACGUGUAGUGAGCGUUACUAUUGACGGGAUUGUUCGCGUGUUUUCAAUCAAACGUCGAGAGAUGGUGUCGCAAUUCAAGCUCACUGAAUUGGGUGGAGGUGAUCCUGUGUUGAACGCGAAGCUACUCAAUGUCGGCAAAGCGCCAGACAACAUGCUCCAGUGGUUUGCAGCAAAAGGAACACAAAUGACGUGUGCCACCAAAUCAAUCAUAUUGCAUUUACAAUGGACGGAAGAGGAGGAAUCAAAUAUCCCCGCAAGCGCAGCUGCAAUUGCCGAUCCUUCACGACCUGCCACUCCUCUUACACCCGGCAGUGCACUCAGCCCAAGUCAAUCCCGACCCGGAAUAUCUCCCCUCCUCGCACGUUCUACUUCUGCUCUCUCAACGCCUCAGCGUCGAAGCACCCUGUCUAUCCCUUCUUCCGCAUCGUCUGUCAAGAGUCCGCUUUCGCCCGCAAGUUCUGCGUUCAAGGGUCGACUUUCAUUAAGUACGACUGCUCCCCCCUUGACGCCCACGAGCAUGUCGCCGCGCACGACCACGCCGCUUUCGACGUCGACUUCAGCGAACGGAUUCGCGGUCCGCUUUGGACGAGCGGCAGUCUUGACGGCGCCGCCAAAGCUUGUUGCUGUUGUAGAGACACCGGACAUCGCAGUAGGCGCAGUAGACCCUCGGAAACGACGGGUCGUGACGGCUACGCGUUUCAGUACGCGGGCGGGUGCAAACCGCAGUAUUUUCUUGUCCACUCACCGGAAUAGACAAGAAGAAUUGGCUAAAGGGGCAGAAGAUGGUGAUGGCGAUGAGCAGCAGCAGCAACCCGAAUGCUCGCGUACACCAUCGCCGGGUGUGGACUUCGACACGGACAUCUUACCGCUGUCAGGCGCGUGGGCAGCCCUCGCUGAGGGAGAUAACGUCGCAUCUGCCGGAGUGAGAGGGCUGCUUGGACAGCUACCAGCGAAAUACCAGGGCUUGGCAACUCCGGAGAAAAAUCCAAUGUCGAUGCAGUUGAGCCAUGAAGAAGUGGUGGUAGGAUGUGCAGAUGGCACGAUUUAUGUAAUGAAUUUCGUUGGAUACGAAUAUCGUCGAGAGAAAACACAGGCGUCCGUCGAGUUCGACGAGCAUAUGACGGGUGCUGGGCCUAACGACAAUGACAGUUAG